CCCAGAGGGCUCUUCUGCUGAUAGCGACUCUGUCAGCAAGUCUGCUAAGCUUCCAGCGCUCAGCGCAACAGUGAUUGAGAUAUGGGCCUUCGGCCACAGUUUCCCCCCUCCCCGCGGGCAACACUCCGUGCCCCGGGCGUCGGCACGUCUGGUCGCAUCGGACCUCGUCUUCGUGACCCGUCAACCCUAGCGACGCGGCCCUGCGGUAUCAUACGUACCCAAGCUACGUAUAUCGGCAGCUACAAGCGCCUGGACGCGCACCGACGAGCCUCGCGAGUCUUCGGUCAAGGACGUCGAGACCGGCCAAGGCUUCCCGACCCCUCCGUCAAGGCUUCGGCUAUCAAGACCUGACUACACGACACUCGUGUGCAAGUCAAGGCUAUUCUGAGACUCCCAUCACGUCAGCGACGCGAAGACCGACAACUUGACAUCGAUUCAAGACCGGCUUCACUGGGUCAACGCUUCGAGUAGUUCGAAAGUUUCAACAAGACCUUCGGACUACAUACGAGCCCAGCCCAAGAACAACUGACAGAGUCUUGAGAUUCCGAUUCAUUCUGGGCUGUCAAGCCAGUCCAAAAGGCUUGCAGCAGCCAAGCUGUACAUAUCUUAGGGGGAAGGGAGCUGAGUGAGACAGCACCCACGGCGCCAGUUGCUUGGAUUCUUGCAUCGGCUUGACACGUUUCGUGCCAUUGCUCACAGGUCUCCCUUGCUUCGGCGCAUUCCCGCCGGCUUGGAGCGACCCGGCCCUCACGGCCUCUCGCCCAGCCAACUAUAUUUAUCCUGACCGUGAUCCUCAACGUCUCCAACUGUCGCAACCUGGGUGCUCGGGCGAAACCUGAGCGACACGCCCAACACCAGCAUUCAAGGCUGCGCGGCCGCUACUAUGGCAGUGUGAGCUAUCCCAAGCGCGUGCAGUGAGUUGCCCUGCAGAAUGGGUACACCACCAACCAAUGAGUCCUACUUCGAUACCUUUCCCUUCCGCCCGCGGAUUGGCGAUAGCGGACUGACCAAGACGCUGGGAUUCGCAGAUCCACACCCCAUCGACCGCCCGCUCUACCCGCACUUCAAGACGCGCGCGGGGACGUGUCAUCGAGUGCCGAGAAGCGAAACAACGUGGCAGCGCGACCGACCAGUACAGCGUGCCGAUGGGGUCUGAACUUCACUCAAAGCGAACAAGAGUAAAUUCUAAAUUACUUAGCGAUGGCUUUAUUGAUGGUAUCGCGACUACUGAUGUCACUAUGAACUGAGAGGUUUCGGCCGAGUUUCCUUUGAGUUUCCGCCGAGUUUC